AUGAUUGAAGAAGAUUCGCAAUGGACACAUCAGCUGAAACGCCAGCGCAUGGUGAUCAUUUUCAUUCUUGCUCCCAUUCUCUACGAUUGGAUUGUCUUCGGCUCUACUCGAAAUCUGACUACAGGUGCAUUUACAUCCAAAGCCAGGAAGCCUCUGCUGCGACGUGUGGAUCAAAUGACCAAUUGGGAGAUGAUCUCGGACAAACUUUGCCCGUCCAUGAUUCCUCAAAGCACGAAAUAUGCAAGACAUCCUCUUUUUGACCUCGCCCAAAAGGAGAUCCUUCAGAACAACAUCUCGUCGAAUAUACCCACGGAUUGGGCAACCACCAAAUCUUUUCGUCUGAGCAUAUGGAAGUGUGCCAACACUCAAAUACGACGGUUUGAAGAUGGAAUCUUUGACAAGACAAACACUGUUCCGUUUCAAUUUCGUCGUACGACAAAGACAAGAAAAAGCCAAUCCAAGUCUAAGAAUAAGCACUACAAGUUGUAUGAUUGCAUUGUGGCAGCCAUUCGAGAUCCGAUUUCCCAUUUUCUGUCAGGGUACAAUGAAAUUGAGUGGCGUAUCAAUGAGGAACUGAAGAACCCUCGAGAAUCGAUCGCAAAAGAAUGGCCAUUUGGAAGUCUCAUUCCAGGAUCAAUGGAACGUUUUGACCAAUUCGUUGCGGAUCUUGUGACAUGCCCGAUUGGCAAGAACCUGCCCGGAAUCGUCGACAAGCAUCCAAGGAAUCUGGAAAUAGAACAUGUCUAUUCGAUGUCAGCAAUUCUUCGUCUCUUGGACAAGGAUACCUACAUUCCCAAAUCUCGCGUCAACUUUCAUUAUUUGCCCACUUUAGCCAAUCUGAAUGAAACGUGGGCACCCUUUGUCCUUUCGAGCUGCCCAAGAGCCUUUUCUAAUGAGACCAGGACCAAACUCUUGACCACGCCCAUGAGACCUGAAAGAUGGCAUGAAUCGACCAAGGAUCAACUAGGUACCUACAAGGUUGCAAAGGCGGCGAUGAAGAAGGAAGGACCAACGGCAAAAGCCUUGUGCGCCUUGCAUCUAAUGGACUAUGCCUGUUGGCAAGACCUUCCAGAUGGAGUUCCCAAGGUGUGCAUGGAUCUUUACUUGGAUUAUCACAAACGAGGCCUCUUGCUGUAA